AUGAAAUUACAAACCCCUUGGAAGUUGGAGCGCGACGGGACGGUAGUGAUAAUUGAUGGCGGGAAGCAAGUAGCUAUAGCUAUGGAAUGGGACCUCUGCGUAGAGUUUGGGGGAAGAAAGACAGGAAGCUGUUGUUUGGGCAAUGCAUCAAAUGGGAAACUUUACUUGGCACUAAGAGAGAAAGGGAUGGAGAAGGAGAAGAAGGAGAAGAAGGAGAAGAAGGAGAAGAAGGAGAAGAAGGAGAAGAAGGAGAAGAAGGAGAGAAUAGUAGAAGAAGGAGAGAAUAGUAGAAGAAGGAGAGAAUAG